AUGGGCAGGGGGGAUCGCGUGGGCAGGCGAAAGCACCUGGCUCACCUCCGCCUCGCUUACCUCCGCCUCUCUCACCUCCGCCUCUCUCACGCUCCGCCUCUCUCAUCCUCCGCCUCUCUCACCCUCCGCCUCUCUCACGCUCCGCCUCUCUCACCCUCCGCCUCUCUCACCCUCCGCCUCUCUCACCUCCGCCGCUCUCACCUCCGCCUCUCUCACGCUCCGCCUCUCUCACCUCCGCUGCCUCUCUCAUCCUCCGCCUCUCUCAUCCUCCGCCUCUCUCACCCUCCGCCUCUCUCACCCUCCGCUUCUCUCACCCUCCGCCUCGCUCACCCUCCGCCUCUCUCACCCUCCGCUUCUCUCACCCUCCGCUUCUCUCAUCCUCCGCCUCUCUCACCUCCGCCUCUCUCACCUUCGCCGCCCAACGUAAUUCCUCCGCCUCUCUCACCCUCUGCCUCUCUCACCCUCCGCUUCUCUCACCCUCCGCUUCUCUCACCCUCCGCCUCUCUCACCUCCGCCUCUCUCAUCCUCCGCCUCUCUCAUCCUCCGCCUCUCUCACCCUCCGCCUCUCUCACCCUCCACCUCUCUCAUCCUCCGCCUCUCUCAUCCUCCGCCUCUCUCACCCUCCGCCUCUCUCACCCUCCGCUUCUCUCACCCUCCGCUUCUCUCACCUCCGCCUCUCUCACCUCCGCCGCCUCUCUCAUCCUCCGCCUCUCUCAUCCUCCGCCUCUCUCACCCUCCGCCUCUCUCACCCUCCACCUCUCUCAUCCUCCGCCUCUCUCAUCCUCCGCCUCUCUCACCCUCCACCUCUCUCAUCCUCCGCCUCUCUUAUCCUCCGCCUCUCUCACCCUCCGCCUCUCUCACCCUCCGCUUCUCUCACCCUCCGCUUCUCUCACCUCCGCCUCUCUCACCUCCGCCGCCUCUCUCAUCCUCCGCCUCUCUCAUGGGGAGAUACAUCGACAGGGGGGUAGCUUGGGUAUGGGGAGAUACAUCGACAGGGGGGUAGCUUGGAUGCGUCGUCCUCCCUCCCUUCCUCCCGUCCCCUUCCUGCCAUUCUCCCAUCUCCUCAUCCUCUCUCGAUCCUGUCCCCUUCCCCUUCCCAUCUCCCACCCUCCUACUCCCUUCCUCUCAUCCUCCCAUCCUCCCUUUCUUCCUUCCUCCCUCCCUUCCACCCAUCUACCCAACGUCGUCCUCUCCCACCCCCUUCCUUUCUUCAUCUAUUCCCUCUCCCAAUUUUCUGGCUCAGUGCCUUUCCCCGCUCUCUCCCACCUUACAACCACUCUUCAUCUUCCCCCCCCCUUCCGCCCUUCCUCUGUGUCCCCCUUGCUCAUUUUCUCCCUCCGUGCAUUCCUUGUUCCCUACCGCCGUUGCCCUUCCAUUGUCAUUGUUUUGUAUCCUUUCCCGCUGCUUCAACUUUGA